UUUACCAUUUACCUGUUAAAUCAAUGGCAAUGUUAUAUUUAUUAAUAAGCACGUGAGCUGGAUAUACCGAAAGGAAAGUGUGUAGGUAAGGUGUAUUUAACUACUCUAAGAAAACCUAAGUUCGUGUUCGGUUGAAUAGUUUAUAUAAAUGUGUCCACAACAUACCUUUAACAUAUGAAGAGUUGAAACAUGGCAGACAUUCACAGUAAACUGUUCAUAUGAUGUUCUUAUAAUGGAAUAUCCCGGGAAAUGUUUGAGAAUAACUUUGAUGACGAAAUUGAUAUUGAAGCAGAAUUUGUGGGAAGAGAAAAUGAUUUGAAUGUGUUAAAGACAGCAUGGCAGAAGCACAAAAUAUUUGGCAUUUUUGGACUGAGAUCGGUUGAAAAAUCCAGACUAGACAGAGUUUUUAAAAAGGACAAAGUCGACAGGUAGCUUUGUUCGUAUUUACAUAGAUAUGAGGUUGAUAUCUGAAACAAACUCAUUGUACUCGAGGAUAUGUGCGAGUUAUGGCAUUGAACCGGAGUUACAAGCAGCACAGUCCAGCAGGUGGAUUUAUCAUAUUUGUGACAGUAUAAAAACAGCCGGUAAAAAACGUUUCAUUAUUUUCUUUGAUAUCACCGAAGAUUGUCAAGACUUAAAGGGUACUGAUAUUCCAGACUUCCUCUUUUCAUUGUGUACAAGUGUGGUUCGUCAAUGCUCUAAUGUGAAAAUUUUCAUUACAUCUACAACACGUGUACAAUUUGCACAGCUUAAAAAGGUCUACUGCAGUCUAAACCAAAGUGAGACGCGCCAGUUACGUAAAAUUGUCAUUAAAGGAGUAGAACGUAGGAAAUUACGAGGACGAUAUUGCGGAUUUAUGUGAAAAGAUGAUUCUACUAAUUCUAAUGGUCGGAUCUGAGCUAACGGAGGACAGUGGCAUGACAACACCAAAUGACAUUGUCAAGUUCUUGCUCACUUGUAGACUGAAAGCCCUGAGUCGGAAGUUUUACCCGGAGGAAGAUAGAGUCGCUGACGUGUGUAAAAAGUUCAUUGACCGCUUAGAUACUGUAUACAAGAGACGACUGACUAUAUUCGAAUAUAUUCCUGGAUCGUUUAACGCAGAACAAGCCAAGGGAAUACUAAAUUCCCAAUCAAUUGCAACGGUGAAAGAUCAAACACUUAUUCCAAUACGGAGACGACAUAUACUGAAUUAUGACUCCAACACGAGAAUGUUUAACAUACAGGGUAUACUUCGAGAGUCUAUUAAAACAUUCUACACGAUCAAGAAUAUACCAGAAAUUCGGGCAGGAUAAUGCCGCAUUUUCACAGCAGUUAUGAAGAACACAUUACAGAAAAGGCAAAGUUUAUCUGUUUAUCGGUUUCCAGCUCAUCUGAGGAGAAUGUCUUCUAGAAAACUUCAGAUACAAAAUACGAAAUUUCCACGAGAAGUGUUACCUAUCUCAAGAAUGUCGGCACACAGCAAACUUACACAAGCGAAAGAAACAUAAAAUAUCUUGUCUAAAAGUCUCAAGGAAUGUUUUCAAUAUCAAAGAAAUUAAUGCCGGAAAAUGGCAUGCCACCACAUAAAACUUGUCAACGUGUUUAGAAUGCUUAGCUGAAGUGUUCAUAUACUCAAGGUCUUAUGCCAAAUACAUUGAAACUCUUCCGAAUCAUAACAUUUUUAUUGCAUAUUCGAACAAACAAAUUGCCCAACAUGCUACGAAAAGCAUUUUCAUGAAGACAACGACAGUGCAAUAUAAACAUUGUAUAAGUGGAAAUGUACAUUUACCAAGCUUGUAAAUAAUGUUUA